AUGGCAGCCAAUCACAACAGUUUCAGAGUGAAGCUCAUCAUCGACAAGAGGCAAAACAAGGAUAUGCAAAGUACCAAACACUACCUCCUCAACAGCCUCCGCGGCGAAACCCACGUUAAGAAGGUGCCGCUGCUCCCCGCUAACCCGCACCGCUGCCUGGAGAGGACGAUCUACUCCUGCAACGAACCGACACACAAUCCUCGCUGCGCGGGCGUAGACUCCGUCGGGCUUGUUCCCCGGAAAUGCGCGUACGACGUGGAGGUGAGGUUCCUGGACAGCGUGGGGUGGUGUCGCGAGGCCGAUUUCGUGAAGCCAGAGCUGAGGUUCCUGGUGAAGGACGAUCUCUCGGUUCGGCACUUCGAUUUUUCCAUCAUGUCCGGACUCUCGUUUCUGACCACCGAAUUUGGCGUCACGGACUUCGGCGGCGUCGAGGAGAGAGUCGUCCAGGUCGGCGUGAGUGAGGGAAUGCGAUUGCUGGAGGCGUUCAUGCACACAACAUCGGCUCUGACCACUGUGUUUCUCGGCAACAAGUAG